AUGAUCUCAAUCACUUUGUUGGUCGCGACCGCUGGUGGCGGUUUAGCCAACGGAUUCAGUAUAUCACCGAGAGCGUCGACAGCUGAUGAACUAGGUAGGUGCACUGUUUGAGUCAUCAAAAAUAGACUUGUGAUGAGAAUGGUAAUCAAGAAAGUUCAACGAAAAAUUUUAGGAGUUCCCGCCUGCGCAGACAACAACGACUGUGUUGCUGGUGGUGUUUGUGUCAAAGAUGACCUAAACAUUGGUCGAUGCAUGUGCUCCAGCUCCUGCCCAUUAAGUAAAAGAUAUCAUAAUUAUUUUAAUUAUCUAUUACAGACAUCCCAGUACAAUGUCUACCGCAGAACGAGAAUUCCUGUGUAAAUAUGGGUGAUAAUUAUAUGCGAAAGUACAAUCUGCAUAACCCAGUAUGCUAUCAAAAACGUUGUAUUUGCCCGCCAAUUUUUGAGCCCAUCCCAAUCCAACCGCCGGUGCCUGGACUUAAAUCCAUGUUGCCCAUGAAAUGUGAUAAACGUAAGACAAAUUAGAGUUUGUUUUUGUGGUUUUUCAAGCAAAUCAUUUCCUGGCGGAACUGCUCUCUUGAAAUUGCCAAUCCUGAUGUUUCAGGUGAUCUCUCGGCGAUGAUUGUGGCAUCGCCUUCUGACUCGGCCUAUAAAGGCACCCAAACUACCAUUUUCUGCUGCAUAAACCUCGAUCCCCGAGGCUAUAUCCCCGAAAAUGGUGUUUAUUUUGUGCAGAAUGGAACCCGGAAAAGAGAAGCCAACACGUCACCUUACGAGAACUUCUCACGCGACAUCGACACCCUAUUUACGGUCCCCACUUGCUGGGCAUUGACCAUAAACAAUGUCCAGCCGAGUGACAGCGGGACUUACCAAUGCAUUGUGCAGCCGAUGAGUGCCAAGUUUAAGACUGUCAACACAACAAUGGAGUUUGUGGUUAAAAGUAAGUGGAGAAGCAGCAGGAUGACUUAAAUUUAAAAUUGUCACACAAUCGCUAAAACCUUGCAAAUCAAUUUUUUAUCUCAUUUACCACUGAAAUAAUGCACCAUACGCAAAGUUAUGUCCUACCAUAUUCGUAGACUUACAUUUUUUUUGCAAUUUUAAUCGAUUUAUCACAGAGCACCGCCGAUUUCGUCGGCAGCGAAUUGUCGCGUAUCACCAGGUCGUUCGUAAGUAGUGUGAAAGCGGAGUGAAUUAGACCUAUACCCACUAAAGGAGUGAUAUUGGAACCUAUGUGACACAAAUUAACAUUCAAUUUUACCCCUAACAAAAGAAUGUGUCAAAUAAAUGAUGAUUAGCUAAAGCGAGUGGCCUAAUAAGAUCUUAUACGAGUUAAUUUACAAAAACUUCUUUCCUUGUAUUCUGCAAGCAGGUUGAAUGGAAUACCUCUCGUUUCCACGCAUGUAUUUUUUCAUCGGCGGAAGCGGGAAUGGAUAACAACUAUAUCACUCGAGUCAUUUCUUAAUCGAUGAUUGAAAAAGGAACCCCGUGUUUUUCAUCUCAAACAUUUUUUGAAUGACAUAUUUUAGACAAUAACUGUUUGCAGUAUUUGCCGUAACAAUUCCCAUGGUCUAAAAAUUCUAACCCUGUCUUUUUAGCACCACGAAUGAUCCAAAACGUCACUAUACAACCAAAUGCAACUACCGCUUUAAUCCAAUGGGACAUGUCGGAAGGGCCCAUGCUCAAGAUCGACUUGGAAUUAUUCAGAAGAACCGAUCGCAAGACCCGGGUUUGGAGGAAAACAAAUGCAAAAUCCCCCGUUCUGAUCGAACGACUGAAUCCAGCGACACCUUACACUUUGUUUGUAACUGUAAUUGACGGGCAAACUGAGCCGUUCAGAUUGACAGAGCAAUUCCAGACUGAUGAGAACAGUAAGUAAAUUAGCAAAGUUGAUUAUGGCAAUACUUGCCCAUCGGUUUAACGUCUAAAUCAUCUGUUUUUAGUAUCAGAUCCUCCGGUUCUCGAAGAUAUCCGUUUGAUCAACGCCGAAAAUGGCCGCGGGCAAAUGUGCGAAGUGGAAUGGAAGCCCCCGCGAUGGCCUCGAGGUCAUAUUACAAAGUACUUUGUGAAAGUCGAAGGAAAGGUCCGUUAUCAAUCCGGAGACGGCAAAGAAAUCGUCGGCUCACAUCAUCCCUCGGGAAUCGAUUUGUGCUCCAAUUACGACGGUGACGAAGAUAAUUUCAUCGACCCCCAGAAUUUCCACAAUUUCUUUGCGUGUAAAUACGGCCCGCUAAAGCCGAAUCGCAACUACUCGGCCACAAUCUGGGCUGAGAACAAAGCCGGGAAGUCCGAAGCGGUCACUUUUCAUGAGCAAUGUGUAAUGGACUACGCUGAGCCGGAGUUCAUUCAACCACCUGAGACCAUGUCCCGGACCAACACUUCAUCUUUUGGACUCCAAUUCCCCCAAGCGCCGGAAGAGACUAAUGGACCGAUUGCUUGUUACUAUCUGGCUAUUGUUCCUUUACAAUCAAACGUUUCGGUUGACGCUUUACCAACACCUGAACAGAUAGUAAUGGACACUUAUGACAAGGUCUUGCAGAACAAUGUCCACACUCCCUUCCAUCCCAAGAAUCGAUUCUUUGCUUACAUAGCUGAGAGUUAUAUGCAAUAUCCAAAACAGACAAUCGUUGGUGAUGGAGACACCAAAGGAGGAGUGGAACCAUGCAAUGUCCUUUAUCUUACACGAUACGAACCAAAUGAUGCGGCUUUAGCUCCUGACCUCAAAUACACGGGGUUCCUGAUAGCUCGAGUAGAUCGAGACAACAGUCUGCAGAGAUCAGUGGAUUCGGUCGAAAAUAGUCGGAGAUACCGACCCAUCUUGAGUAGCAUCUCCCCGGCUGAUCUCUUGAGUACGGCUCCAUUAAAUGGCCAGCGACCAAGAAAUGGAUACAACAGAAAUGAAGAGUUUGGACCUAGAUGGAAACGUCAGUUGGUCUCCACUUCAGACCCCGCAUAUGGAUUCAGUGGCUACUUUAAGCCCGUAAUACUACAACAACAAGCUACUGGAGGAAGCGGAUGGUUUGAAUUGACAUUGAUCAUAACCUUGGUCUUAUUGUUAAUUGCAUUUGUGGCAGUUUUCUUCUUAUACAUCUUGCAUAAGUAGGUUUGAUUAAUAAGCAUACCACGUUUACGAAUGCGCUACAAUAAUAUAAUUUUAGACGAGGAAUACUCAAAGCGUUUUGCCCCGCGAUUAAAAAAGAGCACCAACGAAUCAGGCAUGCCUUCAACCCAAUUCCAGUCGACGAUCUAGCCACGGAAUACACGAUAAGGCACAAAGACAGCGACUUCCUUUUCAACGCCGAGUUUGAAGCCUUGCCCCGAGCGAAGAAUCUUCCACAUACAGCUAGUGAAAAGCAAGAGAACAAAGGGAAGAACCGCUACAAUGAUAUAAAAGCUUGUGACAUCACAAGAGUCAAGUUAACGCCGUUGAAUGAUAUCUCAGGCUCGGAUUAUGUGAAUGGAAAUUUCAUCAAGGUAAGUAAAUAUUAUGCAGUAUUAGUACUGCUUUAGGGUUACAACGACCGAAAGACAUUCAUCGCAACCCAGGGGCCGCUGGAGAACACCGUCGGCGAUUUCUGGCGGAUGAUCUACGAACACAAUUGCAAGAUUGUAAUCAUGGUCACAAAUCUCCGAGAAAGAGGGCGAGAGCAAUGUGCAAAGUAUUGGCCAGAUGAGGAAACAGACGAACCACUUGUUGUCAGUAACCAAUUUGAGGUCCAUACAUUGGAAACGCAUCUUUAUGCUGACUACACCGUCAGAGAAUUGAGAUUACAACCUCUUCCCCCUUCGUCCCCAACUGUCCAUAAUUCCAAAAGUUUCUCCAGAGAAGGUCCGUCAAGUCCCCUAUUGGAAUCUACGUAUUCUAGAGCUUCAAUAAGCAUGGAUUCCCCUCAGUAAGUAAUAUUAUCUAAUCAACCCCGUUCUUGUUUUAGACGAACAUCCUCCCGAAUGGCCAAUAGAUCUGACUCGAUGUCCUCACCUUCUCCAAGACCUGAUGCCGAUUAUGCCAACCUCCCACGUCGCCCUGGCUCGACCAAUUCCAAUAGGAGCAGUCAAAGACAUGCUCCAACCGAGCCUAUGAAGGUCCUUCAAUUCCAUUUUACCGCCUGGUCUGACUACAAAGCACCCGAAUGCACUGUCAGUCUUCUUCGAUUGAUGUGUAAACUACGGAAGAUGGACGAAUACAACCGUUAUCCAGUUGUUGUUCAUUGCUCGGCCGGUGUUGGCAGAACCGGAACUUUCAUUGCCAUCGAUUAUGUGAUGGAUCAAUGUAAAGCUGAAGGUAAAGCUGACAUCUUUGGAUGCAUUUCGAAGCUUCGAAUGCAACGAAAUCUGAUGGUCCAAUCUCUUGAACAAUAUGUGUUCAUCUACAAAGCACUCGCUGAAUACCAACUAUUUGGGAUUAGCGACGAACAUGUAGACGACUUCUUAACUCACUACCAAAAACUAAGAUUUCCAGUGAACAAAAGGGAAAGACAUCUAUCGAUGACUGAACAGAAGCUAAAUUCAGAUGAAAGUAAGCCCAAUGGAGUAGUUACUAGUCAAAAUGGAACUACAUAUGUUCGAAUAGACCCUAAGGGCAAUGAAAGAACUGUCUAUUUUGAAAGGAACAGGCUGUCUCCAGUUCCUUCGAGUAACGGAAUGGGAGCUUUGCUGAAUCAAAAGUUCAAGCAGUUCAGGUAAAAGACCACAUAAAAAAAGACAAAUAGUAUUUUUAGAAGCGGCUCAAUGGCUGUGGUGGAUAACUCAAGGUCCUCGUUAUUGGAAGAGGAAUUUUUAAAGUUGCAACAAAACAUAGAGAAACCUCGAACUACGCAAUGGGCCCAUAAGAACGAACACGCCGGGAGGAAUCGCUUCGAUGACGCCGUCCCUUACGAUAACAACAGAGUCGUCUUAGCACCACUAUUAGACUAUUCUAAUACAUACAUCAAUGCUUCGAACGUCAAAGGAUACUUCUAUCCAUUCAUUUUGGCACAAGACCCAUUGGGUCCGGAGACAGCAUUUGAUUUUUGGAGAAUGGUGAACGAUCAGAAUAGCUGCACAAUAGUAAUGCUGAGUCCUGAUGACAGUUUCACCGCGAAGGAAAAGGUGAGUCCAUAUUAAAUCAAGUCACAACUUGUAAUACGAACACUUUUAGUAUUGGCCUCAUAGCCCGCUGACGACUGAAUACCUCGGUCUCAAACAAGAACUGGUAUUGCAACUUCGAAGUGAGAUUAAGUACACCAAUUACAUCGAGAGAAAAGUCAGCUACGUAUUCAAGGUAAUACAAUCCGCAUUGAAUAUAACAAAUUUCUCUCCUUUCAGUCCGAUCGUCAGAACGCCUCCGGGCGUGAAAUCACUCAAUUCGCAUAUCGCCAUUGGCCUCUGGGUGCAGCGAUUCCCAAUGACACUGCCAGUUUCCUGGAUCUCAUAGCUUCCGUUUUGGAACAUCAGAGUAAUUUCUCAGAUCCAGGUCCAAUCAUCUUACACUGCCGCGAUGGAUCGUAUGAGAAUGGGGUCUUCUGCGCCGUCAGUUUACUUUUGGAGAGACUUCGUGCCGAGAAAAUGAUUGAUGUCUUCCAAACCGUCAAAACCCUGCAAAAUCAACGCCCAAAAAUGUUGACCAAACUGGUAAGUGAGCGGCCGUUAGAGGAAUAACACUACCUGUAGUCUAACAACUUUUUCACUUUAUCCAACCAUUUGCAGGAGCAAUACGCCUUCUGUUACGAUUGUGUCGCCGAUUAUUUGGAAACUGCUUACUGA